UUGUUGUGUGUUUGAUACAUAAACAUGUAGCAAAUAAUUGAAUAAGUAAAAUAAUCAUUAGUAGCGCUCUCCUGUGAACAUCUGGUGACCGCCACCCCCCUUGUUUCUGUCAUCUAUCCCAUGAAAGUAUUAUUUAAACAAAUAUAUAAAAACUUAUGAUGCAUGCAGUUCAAUGAAAAAAAUGACUCACACAGAUUCAAGCAAUUUUUUAAUAUAUCUUUAUACGGAAAGACUGACAUUUCAUUUAUCAGCACGCAAAAAUCGUUUUUUAAAGUGGGUAAAGCGGUCUCCCCCACUUGCUGGCGUUACCAUGGUAACCACCAACAACACGACGGUGACCACGACACGGAGAAAGAACAGCAGAGAUUUGAAGAAACAACCGUCAAAUCUUGUGUUGCAUCUGAUUACGGAGGGAACGCGCGAGGCAUGUCGUCCACGUCACGACUCGUCAAAGUCAGUUACAGGAACAGAAGCAGCCAGGCAGCUGGCCCUGUGGAGUCCCUCAAGGAACUGCAGCAAAAGUUAAAAGAGGAGCGAGAAGCCAAGCGAGCGCAGCUUGACGGAAGACACGAGUAUGUGCUCAGCAUCGUGGCCGCAUGCCUGGGACUGGAGAAGGAUGACGUGGAGGACACAAUACUGGAGGGCAAGCAGCUCGACCGCAUGGAGCAGUUUUUUGUGGCUGACGGGCUUCUGCACCUCAUGUUUUACUAUCAAGAAACCGGAUCGGCGGAUGGAGGAACAUCAUCAUCAUCAUCGUCAUCGUCGUCAUCGUCAUCACCGUCGUCAUCCCUGCCACUGCCUCAGCCGCCUGGUCACAACAAGAAGCAUAAAGUGUUUGUGACCGAUGGGAAGGACGUGGCCCUGACCGGAGUGUGCGUCUUUUUCACCAGGGCCAACGCUUCCAAGGCCGUCACUUCUGAAAACAUCCACAGAGAUGUCAAUUUCAACAUGUUGGACACCUCGGAUGGGGGUCUGUUAAAAAGUGUGGGACAGCUGCUCGCGGAGGUCUUCAUACCGACACUGACGAAGAUGAACCAUGGCUGGGGAGAGCUGGCCAGUCCACAGGCCCAAGCAGUGAAAAAGGACUUCAUAUCAUCGCUGGAAAACUUUGUGUCGGUGUUGGCGGGGGCGCAGGAGAGUCUGCAAGAAAAGGUUACUUUGAAAGAGUGUGACACAUUUGACGUGCGGGUCCUGAAAGGCCCGUCGGACUACGUGGCGGCAGCCAACAACACCGAGACUGUAGAAAAGAUAGAAGGCUGCAUGAAAGGCUGGAUUAAACAGAUCGAAAAGGUUUUAGCUGAGAGUGACCAGCUGAGAAAAGAAGCCGAAGACCUCGGCCCCCGGGCCGAGCUGAACCACUGGAAGAAACGAAUGUCUCGCUUCAACUACCUUCUGGAUCAGCUCAAGAGCCCUGAUGUGAAGGCGGUACUGGGUGUGCUCUUGAUGGCAAAAUCUAAAAUCAUCAAGUUGUGGCGGGAACUGGACGCCAGGAUCACUGAGUCAGCCAAUGAGGCCAAAGAUAACGUCAAGUAUCUCUACAGCUUGGAGAAGUUUUGCGAUCCUCUUUACAACAGUGAUCCUGUAUCAAUGGUGGCGGCCAUACCGGGUCUUAUCAACGCCAUCAGGAUGAUUCACAGCAUCUCUCGCUACUACAAUACGUCUGAAAAGAUUACAUUGCUCUUUGUUAAGGUAACAAACCAGAUGAUAACAGCCUGCAAAGGCUACAUCACUAACAAUGGUGAAAAUUCCAUCUGGGAUCAGCCACAACAGAUUGUAGAGGAGAAAAUCAGAGCAGCCAUCCACUUAAAUGAGGAGUACCAGCGUUGUUUCCAUAAGACCAAGGCAAAGCUCGAACACACUCCCACAGAAAGACAGUUCGACUUCAGCGAGAUGUACAUUUUCGGGAAGUUUGAUACAUUCCACCGGCGACUCAACAAGAUCCUGGAAAUGUUGGCCACCAUUUCUACCUACUCGGCCCUUCAGGUUGCCAAAAUAGAGGGACUUGAGAUGGUGGCCACCAGGUUUCAAACGAUAGAAAUGCAGGCAAAAUGGGAGGCCAUCAAGCUGAACAUGAAGACAAAACAUUACAGUUUCCUUGACCAGAGAAGAACCGACUUUGAUAUGGACUACGAGGAAUUCUGCAAAAGCACCACUGAACUUCAUGAGCAGCUGAGAAAUUUUAUGGAUUGCACUUUCAACGAAAUUCAAAAUACAGAACAAGCUCUUGAUGUGCUUAGAAGAUUUGAAAGACUGGGUAUCCCCAAGCUGGGCAUCGAUGAGAAGUACCAGCAUGUUCUGAAGAGCUACGGCCGGGACAUCGAAAUGGUGUCCAACCUCUACAUGAAGCAAAAACCCGACCCCCCGAUUGGCCGAGACUUGCCCCCAGUCUCCGGCCGCAUCAUGUGGGUUCGGCAGCUGUACAGCAAAAUUCAGCGUCCCAUGGAUCUGUUUCAACAGCACACUGGGGUUCUUUCCACACCGGAGGCUAAAAAUAUAAUCCGGAAUUACAACAGGGUAGCGACAGUUCUGCUCAAAUAUGAGAUCCUUUACCAUCAAAACUGGAUGGAAAAGGUUGAGGAUGCCAGGCAAGGCCUACAGGCCUCUUUGCUGGUCCGAUCGACAGAGACAGGAGAGCUGCUUGUGAACUUUGACCCCGAGAUUAUGACGCAGAUCAGAGAGGCAAACUGCAUGAGCAGGAACAAUUUGGAGGUCCCACCUUUUGCUGCUCAGCUGCAGCGAAAGCAGGAGACCCUUAAAAAGAACAUCAACAAUUUACAGUUGAUGUUGAGUGAGAAUGCCAGAAUCCGUGGGAAAAUUCAGAAUGCCUUUGAAAACUUGGCCAUGCCACAUGUAGCUAAGGUGGAUGAGGCAAUACAGCCGGGGUUGACCUCCCUCAACUGGAGAUCAAUGAACAUCGACAAUUACCUCAGUACCAUCGACAAAUCCUUGGAGGAUCUGGAGCUGUUGAUGGAUAGAGUGAAUGACCUGGCAGAGUUCAGGAUAGAUGCGGUGUUGCAGGAGAUGAGCACGUGCACGCUGUGCAUUCUCCCAGAAGAUGAACCGGUUACCUGCGAGGACUUUGUUAAGACCACCAGGGACUUGUGCAUAAAGCAAGCCCAGAGUCUGCACACCAGGAGCCUGCAGGUGGAGGAAGCGGCUAAUGAACUGAUCAACAUGCUGCUGGAGUUUGAGCACAAUCAAGGAGAGGACGGUGAAAAGAUGGAAGAAGAAAUCGGCCCUCAGAGGAAAACAGAAGACAGUGUCGACAGGGAAGAAGCCCGACACUUCUCUAGAAACACCUUGCUACCUCCUGCCAGUGCCGGGCCGGCUUCCCCCUUGGUGAGGAGGAAGAGGAAGAGGGACCUGAUGCAAGCGAUGGAGGUGGAAGCCCGGGAGCUGCUGUCACAUUUCGACCAGCGCAACGUAGACGCUUUGCUCAAACUGACACGCAACACCUUAGAGGUACUACGCAAGCGCAUCCAGACCUCCCCGCUUGCACAUUUCACAGGCGAGAAUGACUCACCAAGACGUGGGAGGAGCAACGACCAGCAGGCAAUCUUCAGAAUCAAUGUGACCCUCUCCAUCCCAAACAUUGCCAUCGUUCCGACUCUGGAGGACGUACAGCAGGCAUUGAAUAGGGCUGUAGAGUGUGUGGUCAGUGUUAGCAAAGGCGUUGGCCAGUGGAACAAAGAAAGAAUCUCAAAGAGAAAAAUGAAUGAAAGGCGAAUAGAAGCAUUGAAACCAGACAGUUCUGAAAGUGAAUCAGAAGAUGGAACAACAACCUACCGGAGUCUUGCUGACGGCAGCGCCUCAGACAUAUCACCGAAUGCGAGCCAAGCCAUUCCUUUGCAAGCCACAAACAACUACAAGAGUGUUUCUGAGAACAAGGAGAUUGUCAAACUGGUUUCUGUCCUUGGCACAUCCAUUGUCUCCAACAGAAAGGAGGUGACGCAAGCGCUAGAUCGUUUCAGCGGUUACCAUCACAUUUGGAGAAAGGACCGUGGCGUCACCAUGCAAAAGUUCCUUCAGGGUAGUCCAUUAUUGUCUGAGUUUGAGAGCCAGAUUCUCUAUUAUCGAGACUUGCAGCUGGAAAUAAAUUCAGAACCUGAGUGCAUCACUGUUGGGGCAUUGGCUCUAUUUACGGUGGAUCUGAAGAUGUCUCUCACUGCUGAAACUAAGAACUGGAUGGUGGACUACGGGCAGUACUGUAACAGGAAAUAUCGUUCCGAGAUGGACCAGAUCUUCAAUUUCGUUGAUGAAGCAGGGAAGAAACUGAAUCGGCAGAUUAAAGACCUGGAUGACAUUCGCAUUGCCAUGGCAGCGUUCAAGGAGAUCAGAGAAAGCCAAAUAGCCAUUGACUUUCAAGUUGGUCCCAUUGAGGAGUCGUACAGCAUACUUCACAAAUACGACCUCUCAGUGGUCAAAGAAGAAGCGGACAAAGUGGACACACUCCGCUACAUGUGGGAGAAGUUGUUGCUGCGGAGCACAGAGGUGCAGAACGAACUGAUUGCCUUGCAGCCGAAAUUCAGAGGUGAACUAUUCACCAAUGUGCAGAUUUUCGUGGAAGACUGUCAACAGUUUUACGCAGACUAUGACAAGGAUGGUCCAAUGGUGGUGGGAUUAGCUCCUCAGGAUGCCAGCGAUAGACUUAUCAUGUACCAGAAUCGAUUUGAUAACUUGUUCAGAAAGUACAUCACCUACACAGGCGGUGAGGAGCUUUUUGGACUUCCUGUUACCCAGCAUCCUCAGCUCUUAGAAAUUAGAAAGCAGCUGUCCUUACUGCAGAAGUUGUACGGCCUCUACAACAAUGUCAUGGAAACCGUUAACGGGUACAACGACAUACUUUGGGCUGACUCGCACAUUGAGAAAAUCAAUAAUGAUCUCCUGGACUUUCAAACGAGAUGUCGCAAGCUGCCUCGGGCUCUCAAGGAGUGGCAAGCCUUCCUGGAACUGAAGAAAAUAAUCGAUGAAUUCAACGAGUGCUGCCCCCUAUUGGAGCUAAUGGCCAACAAGGCCAUGAUGACGCGGCACUGGAAGAGAAUUAGCGAGGUGACAGGACAUACAUUUGAGGUCGAGACGGAUACUUUCAAGCUACGUAGUAUUAUGGAGGCUCCUCUUCUCAAGUACAAAGAGGAGAUUGAGGAUAUUUGCAUCAGUGCAGUGAAAGAGCGCGACAUCGAGCAGAAGCUGAAGCAAGUUAUUGCAGAGUGGGACAACAAGACUUUGACAUUUGCCAACUUCAAAUCCCGUGGGGAGCUCUUACUGAGAGGAGACAGCACAUCAGAAAUUAUUGCCAGUAUGGAGGACAGCCUAAUGAUUUUAGGAUCUCUUCUUAGCAACAGGUACAACAGCCCAUUUAAAGCCCAGAUACAGAAAUGGGUUCUGAAUCUGUCCAACACAACCGACAUCAUAGAAAAUUGGAUGACUGUCCAGAACCUUUGGAUCUACCUGGAGGCUGUGUUUGUGGGCGGGGACAUCGCUAAACAGCUUCCAAAGGAAGCAAAGCGUUUCUCCAACAUUGACAAAUCUUGGGUGAAGAUCAUGACGCGGGCCCACGACAUGCCCAACGUGAUCCAGUCCUGCGUUGGAGAUGAGACAAUGGGACAGCUGCUUCCUCACCUCCUGGAGCAGCUCGAGAUCUGCCAGAAAUCUCUCACAGGUUAUUUGGAGAAGAAGCGUCUGCUGUUUCCUCGCUUCUUCUUUGUCUCUGACCCGGCCCUGCUUGAGAUCCUGGGUCAGGCCUCGGACUCCCACACCAUCCAAGCACACCUUCUGAAUGUCUUCGACAACAUCAAAUCUGUCAGAUUCCAUGACAAGGUAUAUGACCGCAUCCUGGCUGUAUCAUCUCGGGAGGGGGAGACUAUGGAGCUGGAUCGACCGGUCACAGCAGAAGGGAAUGUUGAGGUUUGGCUCAGCGCCCUCCUGAAGGAAUCCCAGAGGUCUUUGCACAUGAUCGUCCGGCAGGCUGUCCUGGCCAUCCAGGAAUCUGGCUUCCAGCUUAUCGAUUUUCUCAACUCCUUUCCUGCUCAAGUGGGCUUGCUGGGCAUCCAGAUGAUUUGGACAAGGGAUUCUGAGGACGCUCUCACGAAUGCCCGAUACGAUCGUCGUAUUAUGGCCAAAACCAAUCAAAUAUUUUUGGAUCUGCUCAAUACUUUGAUCGAUAUGACCACAAGAGACCUGAGUGCAAUUGAUCGGACCAAAUACGAGACGCUCAUCACUAUCCAUGUUCACCAGAGGGACAUAUUUGAUGACCUUUACCGACUCCAUGUCAAAAGUCCCGGGGACUUUGAGUGGUUGAAGCAGUGUCGUUUCUACUUCAAUGAGGACUCCGACAAAAUGAUCAUCAGCAUCACGGACGUUGGCUUUGUCUACCAGAAUGAGUUUUUGGGUUGCACCGAAAGGCUUGUCAUUACACCCUUGACUGACAGGUGCUACAUCACUCUUGCCCAGGCUCUCUGUAUGAGUAUGGGUGGAGCACCUGCUGGCCCUGCAGGAACAGGUAAAACAGAGACCAUUAAAGAUAUGGGUCGCUGUCUGGGGAAGUACGUGGUGGUCUUCAACUGUUCGGACCAGAUGGACUUCAGAGGUCUGGGAAGAAUAUUCAAGGGUCUUGCUCAGUCUGGUUCCUGGGGAUGUUUUGACGAAUUCAACCGCAUUGACCUUCCCGUCCUGUCUGUGGCAGCCCAGCAGAUUUCAAUUGUGCUUACCUGCAAGAAAGAAAGACGAAAAAACUUUGUCUUCACUGAUGGAGAAAAUGUGGAGAUGAAUUCGGAAUUUGGCAUCUUUCUAACAAUGAACCCAGGUUACGCAGGGCGACAAGAACUCCCAGAAAACCUCAAGAUCAACUUUCGCUCUGUGGCCAUGAUGGUUCCUGACCGUCAAAUUAUCAUCAGAGUGAAGCUAGCCAGCUGCGGCUUCAUUGACAAUAUGGAGCUGGCUCGGAAAUUCUUCACUCUCUACAAGCUCUGCGAAGAGCAGCUCUCCAAGCAGGUUCACUACGAUUUUGGCUUGCGGAACAUUCUCUCCGUGUUGCGAACUCUGGGAGCAGCCAAACGGGCCAACCCCGGCGACACUGAGUCUACCAUCGUCAUGAGGGUCCUCAGGGACAUGAAUCUCUCAAAACUGAUCGAUGAAGAUGAGCCACUCUUCCUGAGCUUGAUUGACGACCUCUUCCCAGGCAUUCAUCUUGAUAAAGCAGGCUACCCUGAACUCGAGGCAGCCAUUGACAAACAGGUUGAAGAUGCAGGUCUGAUCUGUCACCAACCCUGGAAACUGAAAGUCAUUCAGCUAUUUGAGACUCAGAGGGUCCGGCAUGGCAUGAUGGCCCUAGGGCCCAGCGGGGCAGGAAAGACAACUUGUAUCCAGACACUGAUGAGAGCGAUGACGGAAUGUGGCCAACCUCACAGGGAGAUGCGCAUGAACCCCAAAGCCAUCACCGCACCUCAGAUGUUUGGUCGACUUGAUGUGGCUACAAACGAUUGGACGGAUGGCAUCUUCUCAACCCUCUGGAGGAAAACACUGAGGGCAAAGAAAGGAGAACACAUUUGGAUCGUCCUAGAUGGACCAGUUGAUGCCAUCUGGAUCGAGAAUCUUAACUCGGUCUUGGAUGACAACCGAACUCUUACUUUGGCAAAUGGAGACCGCAUACCGAUGGCACCCAACUGUAAGGUGGCGUUUGAGCCGCAUAACAUCGACAACGCCUCACCAGCCACCGUAUCACGCAACGGCAUGGUGUUCAUGAGCUCUUCCGUGCUGAGCUGGAGCCCAAUAUUGGAGGGGUGGUUGAAAAAACGCUGCCCCCAGGAGGUAGCGGUUCUGAGGGGCCUCUUCUCUUCCUCCUUCACUAAACUCUACCGCUUCUGCGUACAGUCACUUGAGUUCAAAAUAGAGCUGCUGGAGGCUUUUGUCAUCAUGCAGUGCAUCAACAUCCUGCAGGGACUCAUACCAACAAAGGAACAGUGUGCGGACUUAUCUGGAGAGCACUUGGAGCGCCUGUACGCAUUCGCCAUGAUGUGGAGCGCAGGAGCUGUCCUUGAACUAGAGAACCGCAAGAAAAUGGAGACGUGGCUACGAGGAAAUGACAGUAUGCAUCUAAACUUGCCUGAGAUCCCUCCUGACAGUGAGGACACCAUGUUCGACUACCAUGUCACAACAGAUGGUCAGUGGGUCCACUGGCGCACCCGAGUGGAGGCAUAUGUUUAUCCAGCAGAGCCGACCCCAGAGUACAGCUCCAUCUUGGUGCCCAAUGUGGACAAUGUUCGAACUGACUUCCUGAUACAGACCAUCGCCAAGCAGGGCAAGGCUGUUUUGCUGAUUGGAGAGCAAGGAACAGCCAAGACAGUAAUGAUUAAGGGCUACAUGUCAAAGCUCCAUCCUGACACACACAUGGGAAAGACUCUCAACUUUUCCUCUGCCACCACUCCACUCAUAUUCCAGAGAACUAUUGAGAGUUAUGUGGAUAAAAGGAUGGGUAGCACUUAUGGACCCCCGGCUGGGAAAAAAAUGUCAGUCUUCAUCGAUGAUAUCAACAUGCCUGUCAUCAACGAGUGGGGUGAUCAGGUGACAAAUGAGAUUGUCCGUCAGCUGAUGGACCAGAAUGGGUUCUUCAAUCUGGAAAAACCAGGAGAAUUCACCGCUAUUAUUGACGUCCAGUUCCUCGCAGCCAUGAUCCAUCCGGGAGGAGGCCGCAAUGAUAUCCCACAAAGACUCAAGAGACAGUUUUCCAUAUUUAAUUGCACACUGCCCUCCAAUUCCUCCAUCGACAAGAUCUUUGGUGUGAUUGGUCAAGGCUACUUCUGUGCACAUCGCGGUUUUGCUGAUGACGUCGGAAGCACGGUGCCCUUUCUGGUGUCCAUGACUCGCCAGCUUUGGCAGCUGACAAAGGUUAAAAUGCUUCCAACUCCUGCCAAGUUCCAUUACAUCUUCAACCUUCGGGAUCUCUCCAGGGUCUGGCAAGGCUUGCUUAAUACCAGCGCACAGGUGGUCAACUCCACCCAGGUGUUACUGGCUCUGUGGAAGCACGAAUGCAAACGUGUGAUAGCUGACAGAUUCAUCCUGCCUGAAGAAGUGGAGUGGUUUGACCAGGCUUUGGCAAACCUGGUAGAGGACACUCUUGGCGAGAAGCACAAGACGAUUGUGGACCUGGGCGUGGACCGAUACUUUGUUGACUUUCUGCGAGACACACCUGAAGCAGCAGGAGAGCAGCCGGAAGAUUCUGAUGUGGAUUUACCCAAAGUGUACGAGGCCGUUGAGACAUUUGAGAGCUUAAAGGGCAGACUGAACAUUUUCCUGGGUCGUUACAAUGACAGUGUCAGGGGCACUGGCAUGGACAUGGUCUUCUUUCAGGACGCAAUGAUACAUUUGGUCAAGGUCUCAAGGAUAAUCCGGACACCUGGAGGGAAUGCCUUGUUGGUUGGUGUUGGAGGUUCAGGAAAACAGAGCUUGACCAGACUGGCCUCAUUCAUCGCCGGAUACGAGAUUUUCCAGAUCACUCUGACACGCUCCUACAACACAACCAACUUGAUGGAGGACCUAAAGGGUGUGUACAGGACUGCGGGCCUGCUUGGAAAAGGCCUCAGCUUCCUCUUCACUGACAACGAAAUCAAAGAAGAGUCCUUCCUUGAAUACAUGAACAACCUUUUGUCAUCUGGAGAGGUGUCGAACCUGUUCGCUCGGGAUGAAAUAGAUGAGAUCCUCAGUGAUCUGGUCCCGAUCAUGAAGCGAGAGUUUCCAAGACGCCCACCCGCCAACGAAAACCUGCAUGAUUACUUCAUGUCACGAGUUCGACACAACCUUCACGUCAUUCUGUGCUUUUCGCCCGUUGGGGAAAAGUUCCGCAACCGGGCUCUAAAAUUCCCUGCACUGAUAUCAGGUUGCACAAUGGACUGGUUCAGACGUUGGCCUAAAGAUGCUCUCGUUGCAGUUUCAGAGCACUUUGUGUCUGCGUUUGAUAUUGAGUGCUCACCUCAAGUCAAGCGGGAGGUGGUUCAAUGCAUGGGCGCUUUCCAGGACGGGGUGGCUGAGAAGUGCGUGGAUUACUUCCAGAGAUACCGACGCUCCAUGCACGUCACACCCAAGUCUUACCUAUCCUUCAUCCAGGGCUACAAGAACAUCUACGAGGAAAAGAGAUGUGAAGUUAAGACACUGGCCAACAGGAUGAACACAGGCCUCCAGAAGCUGAAGGAAGCGUCAGAGUCAGUAGCAGCACUCAGCAAAGAGCUGGAGUUGAAAGAGAAAGAAUUACAGGUGGCCAAUGAAAAAGCUGACAUGGUGCUGAAAGAGGUGACAGUCAAAGCCCAGGCAGCUGAGCGAGUGAAGGUGGAGGUUCAGAAAGUCAAGGACAAGGCCGAGGCCAUUUUAGAGCGCAUCUCGGCCGACAAAGCCAUCGCUGAGCAGAAACUGGAAGCUGCCAAGCCUGCAUUGCAGGAGGCCGAGGAAGCGCUGCAGACAAUCAAGCCAUCAGACAUCGCCACGGUGCGCACACUCGGCCGCCCCCCGCACCUCAUCAUGAGGAUUAUGGACUGCGUGCUGCUGCUCUUCCAGAGGCGGCUCAACCCUGUCAAGUUCGACCCCGAGAAGAACUGCAACAUUCCAUCGUGGCAGGAGUCUCUCAAACUCAUGACAGCAGGAAAUUUUCUGGCCAGUCUACAGCAAUUCCACAAAGACACCAUUAAUGAAGAGGUGGUGGAGCUCCUGCAGCCCUAUUUUGACAUGCCCGACUACAACAUUGAAACAGCCAAGAGAGUGUGCGGCAAUGUGGCCGGGCUCGCAUCCUGGACCAAAGCCAUGGCCUCGUUCUUUUCCAUCAACAAGGAAGUCUUGCCUUUAAAGGCUAACUUGGUAGUGCAGAAGAAUCGUCUGUCCAUCGCUCGCGUUGAUUUUAAGAAAGCUCAGGCCGAGCUGGAUGCCAAGCAGGCCGAGCUGGAUGUGGUGCAGUGCGAGUAUGAGAAGGCCAUGAUGGAGAAACAGACACUGCUGGAGGAUGCUGAGCGCUGCCGGUACAAGAUGCAGACGGCCUCCAGUCUGAUCAGCGGCUUAGCCGGCGAGAAGGAGAGAUGGACAGAACAGAGCAAAGAGUUUGCUGCUCAGACCAAACGUCUCGUUGGUGACAUCCUCCUUGCCACGGCGUUCUUGUCUUACUCCGGUCCCUUCAACCAGGAGUUCCGCAACCUCCUACUCAGCGAUUGGCAAAAUGAACUGAAGCAGCGGCAAAUCCCGUUUGGCAGCAAUCUCAAUCUGACUGAGCUACUUAUUGAUGCGCCCACUGUCAGUGAGUGGAAUCUACAGGGGCUCCCUAAUGAUGACCUGUCUAUUCAGAAUGGCAUCAUUGUCACUAAAGCUGCACGCUUCCCUCUCCUUGUUGACCCUCAAACGCAAGGGAAAAUCUGGAUUAAGAACAAAGAGGCCAGGAAUGAGCUGCAGAUCACCUCAUUGAAUCAUAAAUACUUCAAGAACCAUCUCGAAGACAGUUUGUCUCUUGGGCGGCCACUCUUGAUUGAGGACGUCGGGGAGGAGUUGGACCCUGCCCUCGAUAACAUUCUUGAGAAAAACUUCAUCAAGACUGGAUCCACUUACAAGGUAAAAAUUGGAGACAAAGAGGCGGACGUCAUGAAGGGCUUCAGGCUGUACGUGACCACCAAGCUGCCAAACCCGGCGUACACCCCUGAGAUCAGUGCCCGCACCUCCAUCAUUGACUUCACCGUAACAAGGAGAGGACUGGAGGACCAGCUCCUAGGCCGAGUCAUCCUCAAAGAAAAACAAGAACUGGAAAAGGAAAGGACAGAUCUCUUAGAAGAUGUUACAUCUAACAAGCGGAAGAUGAAGGAGCUUGAAGACAACCUCCUCUGCCGACUGACCAGCACACAGGAAAGGACAUCCACUCCAUGACAACCCGUAGCAGCAGACAACAGUUGAAAAGCCACCCUAGAACAGAAACCCAAAUCCAUGCAGUUUUUGUGUGCUUACAAUAGAUCCACAUCAAUAUUGUGAGAAACAUAACAACAAAUGAUUGAGAUGAAUUGUUCCUUUUUAAACGGACAUUUUUGCAAGGUUGCUGAAGGAAAUGGCAUGUGUUCCUUGUACAGUUACGGUUUGUUACGAUAGCAAUUCCAUGUUUACGCUUUCAUUGUUUUCCUGACUUUCUCUCAUGAAUCGUCUCUUUCUCUUUGUAGGGCUCGCUCGUGGAUGAUGAAAGUCUGAUUGCUGUUCUUGCCACCACCAAGUGCACAGCUGAAGAGGUCAAUCAGAAACUG